GUCCUGUAGUAACUUAAAUAGAAGAAAAUAAAUAACCUAGAAAUAACAACGAAAUAAAUGUUAUAAAUUGAAAAUGCCUCAAAAAAUCCAAAUUCGUCUUGCAUCAGAGCGCGUAAAUGCAUCUGUCGCUAUAAAUCGAAGAUAUCCUAAAAUAUUCACUCCCGGUGAAGUAAUUACAGUUCAAAAUGAAAGAGAAUUUAUGAGAGGACAUGGUACGUACGAGGAAGUCGGUGAACUUAAAGCAUCAGUGGCUGGCGUAAAAGAACAGGUUAAUAAUUUAGUAUCUAUAAGACCUCUUAAAAGUAGGUACAAUGGAGAAAUUGGUGAUGUUAUCGUUGGGAGGAUUACAGAAGUACAACAAAAAAGAUGGAAAGUUGAUACUAAUUCUAGGUUAGAUUCAGCUCUGCUAUUAUCUUCGGUAAAUUUACCAGGAGGCGAAUUGAGAAGAAGAUCUGUUGAAGAUGAACAGAUGAUGAGGCAGUUUUUACAAGAAGGUGAUCUCAUUAGUGCUGAAGUACAAAACGUAUUCUCUGAUGGAGCAUUGUCUUUACAUACCAGGAGUUUAAGAUACGGCAAGCUUGGACAAGGGGUGCUUGUGAAAGUAUUUCCAUCCCUGAUUAAGAGAAGUAAAACUCAUUUCCACAAUUUACCGGUAGGAGCCAGUAUUAUAUUAGGUAAUAAUGGAUUUAUAUGGAUUUGUCCCACAUUGGUUAAUAGUGAAGAAAGUGUCGGUGGAUUUAUACAGAAUUUAGAAGAGGUGAUUUCCAGACAAGAACGUGAGACCAUAGCGAGAUUGAGGAAUUGCAUAUUGGCUUUAACUCAAAGUAAAAUGAUGUUAUAUGAUACCAGCAUAUUGUACGCUUACGAAGAGUCAUUAAAAUAUUCAGUGGUUGAGCUUUUGGUACCGGAAGCGAUGGCAGACGUCGCCAUUUUAACCCAACAACGGUUAACCAUGUUAGACAACGUUUAAGGGAACUUUUCCAAACAAUAGAAGAAGCACUUCAACAAACACAUAACGGCUUUGGUGAAAGCGUUAUCGUAUUUCUUCAAUUUGUGAUCCAAAUAUUCCAAAGCGACCCUUAUCAUUCUACAUAUCGCCAAUAUUAAUGAUCCGAAAGCCAAUGUACCGAUAUGAUACCUGAAAUAAUUUAAUUAAUAAAUAAAUUGUUCGAA